AUGGCCGAGGUCAAUAUAUCAAAAUUUAUUCCAACUAUUAAAUCUAUACUUAAGAAUUCAGAUCCUAAUAAAAUUACUGCUCGAGACAUUCGAAUGAAAUUGGAAGAAGAUUUUAAAGUUGACCUUGCGCCUAGAAAACAUGAAGUACAACAACUUAUCGAAAAGUGUUUUGACGAAAUCGGUGAAGAAAGUGCAAACAGUGACGAUGAUCCAGAAGAUCUCGAAGAUUUUAUUGAAGAUGAUGAUAAACCACGAAAAAAGAAGCGAGGUAGAAAACCAAAAAGUUCUACCGAACUUUUAUCUGAUGGUGAAUAUGAGAGGAAAUUUGAAGAAGAAUUGAAAUUGAAUGGAGUCGUUAAGCGUCUAUGGGCAUAUAUUAAAGAAAAUAGUCUCCAAGAUCCAAAUGAUAAACGAUAUAUCGUCUGCGAUGACAAUUUAAAAAAUAUAUUCAAACAAGAUAGAAUUCAUAGCUUUACAAUGAACAAAUAUUUGACUGAUCAUUUGAAAAAGAAAGAAGAUUUAGUUGGUGGUGAAACUUUUGCUGUUAACAGUAAUGGCAGUCAUCACGUGGAACCAAGUAAUGCAAGUAGUGCCGGCGAUGAUGAGCUGCAGAACGAUGAUGAAUUCGAUGGUGCUGAUGACCAUGAUUAUACACCAACAUCCGUCAAAAUAGAAGAUGACGAUGACGACCGGGGUUUAUUCAGUGAUGAUCCGGAUGAUCAGGAUUUGGUGAAAACUGAGAAAGAAGAGUCAAAAAAUGUAAAGCUUGAAGAAUGA